AUUCAAAUUUUAUAAAUUCUAAAACACAGAGGAAUUAUACUAAAAUAAUUCGAGUAUUGUAGAACAGAGGGAGCCACUUACUAUUUAUUUCGUCAGAGGGAGCCACUCACUUCAGCUGGUUUACAUCAUUCUAGUCAUAUAAGUGCAGCAGUCGGGGGAAAGUGGAUGAUGGCUGUUGGUUUUGCUUGGCCUGCUUCGACUGCACCGUCAAGUUCUGGUGUAAUAUACAACUGCGCUAGUGUCCUGGAACAGCUGUAAUUGAACAACAUGAGAUUGAGUGUGAUACACGUGGUUUGUGUGAGAUCUAUGAUGAGACUACUAAGACAGACGCCGUUUGUGUUACUUAUGUUAACGGUAAGCUCGUUAAUAUUUGUAACGUUACUGGAACUUGCGGUUAGUCAUAUCAAAAAGAAAAGUGGUUUUAAAAAAGUCAACGAAGAGAUUGAUUCGAGCGGAGAGAGUAAAGACAAAUCACAGAAAUUAGAAUCGUUACGUUUAGAAGCAGUCUACGAUCAGACAGCUCUGACGGUUGAUGCCAACAUUCAAUUUUUUAGGAAUUAUAUCAACGUAGCCCGUAUCAGGCAACUAUUAAGGAUAAUGAGUGAUAGUAGGCAAUGGUCUAACGGGACUGAAGAGGAAAAUGGUGAUGGUCGGGUUGUAAAUUCCCUGAAACCAUGCCCGGAAAUUCCACCCGGUUUAGUUGGUAGGAUGAAGAUCGAUUUGAAAAAUGGUACAUCGAAAGAUUUGGAAACGAUAAGAAUAAAUAAUCCUGAAGUUAAGCUCGGCGGUGCUUAUUCACCUAAAGACUGUAAAUCUCGUUAUCGAGUCGCUGUUAUUAUACCUUAUCGCGACAGAAUAGAACACUUAUCUAAUUUAUUAUAUUAUUUACAUCCAAUUCUACAACGUCAACAACUUGAAUAUAAAAUAUAUGUAGUGGAACAGAAUGGCAAUCAAACGUUUAACAAGGGUGUCCUAAUGAAUGCCGGCGUGAAAGAAGCUCUACGCGAAUACGAUUAUCAUUGUUUUGUCUUCCAUGAUGUUGAUAUGUUGCCUGAAGAUGAUAGAAAUAUGUAUAGCUGCCCACAGACACCCAGACACAUGUCUGUGGCUGUAGACAAGUUUAAUUAUACACUUCCAUAUAGUUUAUUAGUUGGUGGAGUUAUGGCUAUUAAUACCGAUCAUUUAUUGCUCGUUAACGGUUACUCUAACCUGUAUUGGGGUUGGGGCGGAGAAGACGACGACAUGGCCUAUCGAUUAACGCACAAUAAGUUAAACUUGAUCCGGCCUGCAGAUUUCAUAGGGAGAUAUACCAUGAUUAAGCACAGCCAUAGAACAGAAUCGCCAAGUAAUAUAAGGUGUGAUAUUGAUUUUUUUUAUUUUUUUUUUAAAUUCUUAUAUCGUGAAUAUUCUGCUGGAAAUACCUUACUUGGUAGGAUGAAGAUCGAUUUGAAAAAUGGUACAUCGAAAGAUUUGGAAACGAUAAGAAUAAAUAAUCCUGAAGUUAAGCUCGGCGGUGCUUAUUCACCUAAAGACUGUAAAUCUCGUUAUCGAGUCGCUGUUAUUAUACCUUAUCGCGACAGAAUAGAACACUUAUCUAAUUUAUUAUAUUAUUUACAUCCAAUUCUACAACGUCAACAACUUGAAUAUAAAAUAUAUGUAGUGGAACAGGUUCGUUUGGGGGCUUAUUUAACGACUGUACGCCCCCAAGUGGUUGGAUAG